CAGAAAAAGCGCCACCUUAGUUCAUCCCAUCAUGAGAACACAUCUAAUAGACCGUCAAAGAGAGGUGGUCAUGGUUAUGGUUCAGUCAAGAGCUCUAGUGCAUAUCAAAAAAAUAGAUAGCAUCCCACCCCAACCCAAAGCAUUUCUAAUCAGCGUCAUGGACAGUCUAGUGGGACAUCAUCUCAGUUCACUCGAACUGUUUGCAAGUAAUGUAGGCGGGCACAUACAGGUGUUUGUCAUGCUGGUACCGACUUGUGUUUUCGUUGUGGCCAGAAGGGUCAUUUGUUGAAAGAUUGCACAGUUCCUAAAAUGACUAAUUUGGGAGAUACACGAGCUUGCUUCAAUUGCAGACAACCCGGACAUUUGGCUAGGGAUUGCACACGAACUGCUUCAUCUGCUAGUACUGGAGUUGGUAGUAAUAAAAUUUCAGGUGCCGGCCAAGGGGGAAGCCGAGGAGAAGGUCAGGUUGGGACUAGGUUUGGCAAGCAGAAUAAAGGAGGUGUUCAAUCCGAUAGACAAACCUCGCAGGGGAGAGUUUUUGCUUUGACUCAGCAGGAUGCUCAGGCUAAUCCAGAGGUGGUAACAGAUUCAUAGACUUUUGUGUGGCUCGCCUCAACUUGGAAGACUAGAAUUUUUUUUGAAGGAUCACAGGUGGGCAUCUUGUGGUUGAGGUUUUGCUUAGGGUCAUUCUAGGAUGUAAGCUUACCCUUUUUUUUUAUGAAGGAGGUUGAUUGUAAAUAUUGCUUAUAAAGUUGGAUGUAUUGAUGGAUUCGUGAUUAGUAUGUAUUAUAUAUAUAUAUUUUUUUUUUUGGAGGAAAUGCUUGGGAACUAUCUUGUAGCAUGAUAAUAUUUUUUUUGUCUUUGAAUAGAUCAUCUCAUAUAUGUUAGGCAAUUGAAAGGUCAUAUGCACUUUUGGUGAUGUGGUAAUGUGAUGUAUGAAUUAUACAGGAAUUGUGGUGUAAAGGUGCUAUAGCGUUUGAGGUGCACCCUCUUAGCAGGGUUUUGCCUUGCAAAGAUUGGGUCGUUACAAUUGUUCUCAACUGGAGGCAAAUAAGGGGCUGCCAUUGAGUUGAUCUGUCAAGCUGUCAAGCUGGGUUUAGUUGAUCUGUAUGCCCUGUUGUAGUGCUCUGUUGUGCUAAAAAGAGGGUCUAAGGGUUGAAGCUGUCUGCUAAUGGUCUGCUAGCCUGCUAAUAGUCUUGUUGAUCUGCUUGUCUACAAAUUAAUA